GCAAGGGGGGCUGACUAUUUAGUCCAGCCUCCUUGUUUUGCAGCAGAUGUCCCUGGGAGAGCCAGAGUUACUGCUGAGGGUAGAGCAGAGAGCAUUUUUAUUGUCAGGAUGGCCAGGUGGAGUGUUUGGCGUAACCCUGUGAUGCUACCCCAAUCCUGGAUUGAAUCGCUGACAACAACAGGUGUGCGCUGCAGCAGCAGUUUACCAGUGGUCAGACAGGCAUACUCAGAGAGUGGCAGCAUCGUCAGGCCUUUCAGUGAGAUUCCUGGACUGUGGAAGAACGGGGUGGCCAACUUGUACAAUUUUUGGAAACUGGAUGGCUUCAGGAACCUUCACCGCAUCAUGUUGCAGAACUUCAACACAUUUGGACCCAUUUACAGAGAAAAAAUAGGUUAUUAUGAAAGUGUAAAUAUCAUCAAUCCUGAAGAUGCUGCUAUCCUGUUCAAAGCGGAGGGCCAUUAUCCUAAAAGGUUGAAAGUUGAAGCCUGGACGUCAUACAGAGACUACAGGAAUCGCAAAUAUGGAGUUUUACUCAAGAAUGGGGAAGACUGGAGGUCAAACCGUGUGAUCCUCAACAAGGAGGUGAUCUGUCCAAAGGUGCUGGAAAACUUUGUGCCUUUGUUGGAGGAAGUUGGCGAAGAUUUUGUGGCCAGAAUUCACAAAAAGAUACAGCGAAGUGGCCAGAACAAAUGGACCACUGACCUUUCUCAGGAACUCUUUAAAUAUGCAUUAGAGUCUGUGAGCUCAGUGCUGUAUGGGGAGCGUUUGGGUUUGAUGCUGGACUACAUUGACCCUGAAGCUCAGCAUUUCAUUGACUGCAUCACCCUCAUGUUCAAGACUACCUCACCCAUGCUGUAUAUACCUCCUGGGCUGUUGAGACAGAUUGGAGCAAAGGUGUGGCGAGACCACGUGGAGGCUUGGGAUGGGAUCUUCAACCAAGCGGACCGCUGCAUCCAUAACAUCUACAGGCAGUUACGUCAGGAGACAGGCACAUCAAACAAAUACCCAGGAGUCCUGGCUAGCCUGCUCAUGCUGGAUAAGCUGUCCAUUGAAGACAUCAAGGCCAGCAUCACUGAACUAAUGGCUGGAGGAGUGGACACAACUUCUAUAACGCUGCAGUGGACGUUGUAUGAACUAGCUAGACAUCCCAGCCUCCAGGAGGAGCUGAGGGCGGAGGUAGCUGCAGCUCGGGCUGAAAGCCAGGGAGACAUGUUGGAGAUGCUGAAGCGGAUUCCUUUGGUCAAAGGAGCUUUGAAGGAAACACUGAGGUUACAUCCAGUUGCAGUGAGUUUGCAAAGAUACAUAGCAGAAGAUAUCAUUAUUCAAAACUACCACAUCCCAGCAGGGACUCUGGUCCAGUUAGGGCUGUAUGCAAUGGGCAGAGACCCCAAAGUGUUUUUUCGUCCGGAGCAGUAUCAGCCCUCCCGUUGGCUGAGGACAGAGACACACUACUUCAGGAGCCUGGGCUUCGGCUUCGGCCCCCGUCAGUGUUUAGGGCGCAGAAUAGCUGAGGCAGAGAUGCAAAUCUUCCUUAUCCAUAUGCUCGAGAACUUCAGAGUGGAGAAACAGCGCCAUGUGGAAGUGCAGAGUACCUUUGAGCUCAUUCUCUUACCAGACAAGCCUAUAAUAUUAACUUUGAAGCCUCUAGAUAAUGGUCGAUAACACCAAGUUUUCUGAAAGUAUUGUUGUGGCUUUUUCUGUUGAAUAAGGUACAAGGGUCAAGUCUUGUACCUCUGGAAGUUUAAGGUUCACAAAAGCUGUCAAAUGAAUGAGCAAUAAGCAGAUUAGAAAACAUUUACACUAACCUUUACAUUACCUCCCUUUGAGCAUUCUAUAAUCACAGAAACAACUUUCAUUAACCACAGUGGUGACUUUUGAAUAUCACCAUUAGCAUCCUAGUGCACAAAAUCAGUGAGACAUAAUGUAAUGUUUUGCUACUGAGCCCAUACAGCUCUUUUUUUCGUUCUGUUUUUGGGUUCUCAGAUAAAAAAGGCUGAUUUCUGUAACCUUUUAUCACAGUUAAUUGUAAAGGACUUCGUAAAACACCACAAUAUAAAUAAUAAAUAAAGCUAGAUUAAAGAUUUGGGUGGAGAGAAGGGGUGGGGCGACGGAAAGGAAAGAAAAAGCUAAAAACAUGCACGAACAAAUUACCUCAGUAAUUCCAAACCUAGUGAAUACAAUAAUUAUAUUACUUAGUGAGUUAUAAUGGAAAUGUGUAUUCUGUGUGUACAACAUAUAAAACUGGAAUGUACAGAACCUUUAAUCCAUGUGCACAUGGAAUAAGUAUUUUAAAAACCUACCUGUAUAAACCUCUGAUGAAUAAAAUGAUUAAAAAUA